UUAUAUAUUUCUAAAAUGUUGAAGUUGUAUUUAUUUUUACCAAGGUAUCCAUGGAAACCAAAUCUGUUUUUCGGAGCAUUUUUUUUCAAAGGGGGACACACGUCAUCUAUACACCCAGCACUGGACACCAAAAAGCAACUGAUAAUCUUAACCAACUGUGAGAGACUGGGCCAUCUGUUUCAGCUCACUGGACUCAAGUGAAAGAAAGACAAUGAAAGAAACUUCAUUUCAGGUCACUACCCUGAUUUCAGUUGGCUUGGGGUUAGGCCUUGGACUUCUGCUGAAGUUUCUGGUUUCUAUAAGUCCACCUCAUCAUCCCUGGAUCCAAAUGCCAGGGGAAAUAUUUAUAAAUGUGCUUCAGCUAUUUGCUGUCCCCCUCAUUGUGACGAGCGUGAUUGCAGGCGUAACUGACUUAAAAACCCAGAUGUCCAAGAAAACGGCCAUCCUCGCUGCAACCUACGUCUGUUUCACUACCUUCACUGCCGUAGCGAUUGGACUGACUCUGGUGCUAUUGGCUAAGCCUGGUGAGGGGCAAGACAUGUCAUCCACUGAAAAAGUGGAUGUCCCACCCUUAUCCGUUCAUUUGGUCCUUCAGGACCUUUUAAGGAACAUGAUUCCGGAGAACUUUCUUCAGGCUUUCUAUGAGCAAUACAAGACUUCCAUUGUUCAAAUUAAAAGAAAAGACUCUGUCCACAAUAUUAGUCAGAAUGCCACUGACAUUAAACUGAUAGGCAAGUAUAUUGCUGGAGCCAACAUGGUAGGACUGGUCAUCUGGUCUUUUGUCAUCGGCAUCUUGUUAAACAAGGCGGGACGCCAGGCCAAAGUCGCUGUGGAGGUCAUUCAUUGCCUCAACAGUGCAAUAAAAGUCAUAUUUAACUGGAUCCUGUGGUACCUGCCAUUAGGGGUGUUCUUCCUGGUUGCACACCAGGUGCUGGAGAUUCAGGACUGGGCCGCUAUCAUUAAACUUACAAAGCUUUCAGGGCUGGUUCUUUUGGGGCUUGUGAUCCAUGGCUUUGUAUUUCUACCUGGGCUUUAUUUCAUAAUCCUCAGACGGAACCCUUUUGUCAUCUACAAGAAGGCCUCAAGGGCAUUGAUCACAGCACUUAUUAUUGCGUCCAGCUCUGCCACUCUACCUGUCACCUUUCAAUGCUGUGAAGAGAAGAUGAAGGUCAAUGAGAGAAUCUGCCGCCUCAUUCUGCCCAUCGUCACCACCAUCAACAUGAAUGGGACCGGACUCUACGAAGUGAUCGCUACCAUCUUUGUUGCCCAGAUUAAUGACAUCGUGCUGGAUAUCGGCCAGUUAAUCUCCAUUGGCUUGACUGUUUCCAUUGCCAGCUUUGGAACCGCAGGGAUCCCAGCAACGGGAGCUGUGAGCACCAUCCUGGUUCUGACAGCGGUGGGACUGCCUGCGGAGGAUGCCUACAUUCUGCUGGUGGUGGAAUGGCUUCUAGACCAUUUCAACACCACGCUGAAUGUGCUGGGAGACUGCUUUGGUGUGGCUGUCAUCGAUUAUCUGUGCCACGAUGCGCUGAUGGGCUACAACAUCGACAGUGUUAGAGACAUUGGAGAGGUCGAAAAGAACUUAAGCUGUUUGGAGCCUAAUAAGAAGCUCAUCCCCCGUCCCUCCCACCCACCCUCAGGAUUCAUUUCACCAUAGCGAGGGGAUCGUCUCCGCACCUCAUUCACACCAACAAGCUGAAACCUGGGGACAGGGAUGGCAGCACCCUGGGGUGUCUGAGCUGAUCAUUUCCCUGCUCGCUUAUAGUUAUUGCUAGUUGGACGGUGUCAUAUCAGUUUGUUCAUCUGUAUUUAUUUUCCAUUUCAUUUCAGUUUUUGCGACCUUUAAAUUAUCUAUUUAUAUAUUUCUAACGUAUUGAGUUUUUAAUGAUUAUAAGUAUUGUUAUGCGUUUGUAGAUAAUUAAACUUCACCAUUCUGCA